CAACAAGAUCGACCCAACCAACGCAACGAAAAAGGACACGGCUCGCAGUUAUAUUCCGCAAGAGCCAAGAAGUUUGAUUCGACUUUUACUCCCUUAAAAUGGAUGUAUGAAUUAUGAUCAUCGAUCAAUGAUUUAUGAUGCCAUCGCGUAACCGCAACAUUAGACCUUUCAGAGACAACAACAGAGAGCUUCGUCACCGGUUUUUAAACACUUCUAUCGCUUUAGGGUUUACGUUCGCUGAAGUUUUAAUGUCUCAUAAUCAUCAUCAAUGGAGAUCUCGUUUACUUUCUCCGAUUACGAAUAUUUCAAAUUACUUUCUCUCUUUCUAGCCCUAAUGCUCCCUUUUUUCUGUUCUUUAUUGUUCUUCUUCCCCUUCAUCAUACUCGCAUUCUCCCAAUCGAACAAACGAAAGGCUUGUAAGUGCGUUUGUUCAAGUUCUGAUUUGAUGGCUAGGAUGUUGAAUGGUGGUGGGGAGCUGAUGGUGGUGGAGAGGGAGCGGCAACAGACGGUUGGCGCCUCGAUGAUGGAACAGUUGGUUCCGGAGAUCACGACACAUGUUUUGAGUUACUUGGAUUACCGGAGUCUCUGUAGUCUUUCAAUGACGAAUUCUUCAAUGAGGAGAGCUGCAAACGAUGAUAAUGCUUGGAAAACGCUUUAUCACAAGGAUUUUACAACAGAACAAGAUGGUAUAAGACCUGGUAAUGGAUGGAAGGCAUACUACGCAGCCACUAGAGCAAUAGUAAACAUCAAUCACCGUUUUUUUGACAUCAUUAGAGAAAGAUCUAUUAUACAAAUGGGACAACUUUGGCUUAAUGCUGAUUAUGUCAAAUGUGUUCAUGCAUCCGGGGAUAUUUUCACAGGUUAUACCAGGGUUAUAAGAAGCUGGCAGCUUGCUUUUAACUGGGAGUUAGGGAUUGAUUUCCAGAUUCAAGAUGUAAGUGCACGUGUUAUGUCUGACAUGGCAUGGGUCACCAUGAAAGCCUACAUUGCCAUGGACCAUAGUGGUUUGAACUUGACCAAUGUGUUUGAGUUUCACAAUGGUCACUGGUUCUUGGUUCACCAUCACAGCUCAGAGAUGAUGUUCAAUGAUGGUGAAUUGCCACCUUUGCUGGGUUGAACUGUUUUUGUCAAACUUCCAUGUUGUAAUGGGAAUCUCUUUUGGGCAUUUCAUCAAACACUUGGCAGGUGGAAUUCCCAAAUAGGGUUCGACAUACUUUUCAUAUAAUGGCAAACCCAAUCUUCUAUCUUUAUUGCAUAUGCUUAAAGAUAGAAGUCUCCACCUGUAAUAUGCAUAUGCUUAAAAGUUAUAACUCAUACACUAAAAGGUGAAGAAGA